GGCAAUGGCUCGCAUGAUUAAUGAAGUAAUGUGUUAGCUAACGGUUCUUCUGUUUUGAAGUGUUCCAACAAGUUAAGUGCACUUCAGCGUGGAAGAACAAAGCUAGCCGAGCUAAUUUGCACAAAUGAUAUGUAAUGCAUAAGAACGACUUUGUGAAGAAAGUUCGAAUAUUGUUUAAGAGUUACUGAUAAGUUUGAGCAUAUGAUAGUUUACAACCAGUCCCAUAAUUCAGAGAUGCCUGAACUUCAACAAGAAGACAAUGCAGCUUUUGAUCAAAACAUGAAUAUUGAUCGAAAAAAGCAUACAUCGUAUAGUAUAAGAGACAUUCUUGGACUUAAAGAGGGAAUAAAAUCAAACGGUGAAGUGAGUUUAGGCAAUAGCUUUGUUGACGCAAUACCUUCAACUCGGUCACCUCAAUUUCCUGAAAGUGAUUCGGUUUCUUCUCCAGAAUCUUCUAGAUCACCAACAUCACCUUCUUUAAGAGUGCAAUCAUUAAAUAUUGGAGGAAGCAUAUCCGGAGACGAUUGCGAGACGCUAGACAGCCCGACAUUAGACAAUGACGGAGCUCUGACGUCUGACGAAGUUAGUCCGACUGUACUCGACACUUAUCGACAGCAAGCUUUGAGCAUGCCGUCGAAAAAAAGAAGAUAUAGAACAACUUUUACGACGCAUCAACUUGAUGAACUUGAAAGAGUGUUCAACAGGACACAUUAUCCAGAUAUAUUCCUGAGAGAAGAAAUGGCUGUAAAAUUGGGAUUAACAGAAGCAAGGAUACAGGUGUGGUUCCAAAAUCGACGUGCAAAAUGGAGAAAACGCAACAAAUCAACUUCUUUGUCUAGUCCAACAUCGCCUCCCCCACUUCCUCAACUUAACAAUUACCUUAAACCCUAUACCCCCACUCAACCAUCCACACCUUUUAAUAAUAGUAUAUCGAAUUCACUUUUUUUAAAAUCUCUUAACCAUCCCUCUCAAACUGAGAAAUUUAACAGGUUUAAUGGAAGUCUGAGUACAAAGCUUGAGCCUUGGUAUGAAAAUAAUAUUCGAUACAUUCAUCGCAACAUAUACAACUAUGAUUCCAGGAGCAUAAAUAAUGGAUAUCGUUUAAUAGAUAAAGAUCAACCGCUGUCGUGGUGGCCUGUUCACGGACAACCAGUAUAAAUCAAUUGUUUAAAUUUUGAUUUAGAUAUAUGUUUCAUGUUAGACUUUCGUUAAAAUUGUAUUUGUUUUAAUGUAUUGCCUUUUCGAAGCAGUUUUAAUGUAUAUUGUUUUGGUAUAGUAAAUUUAGUGUGAGUACUAACUUGUUUUAAUACAUUUUAGUAUUAAUACUAACUUUGUCUUGUCAUUUUA